UCAGAGACACACCUGGUGGGAAAAAGCAAUAGAGUUAAAUGGGAUUAAACUGGGGAAAGAAAUUUAAAAGUGGAGUUUAACAGGUCAGAAGGAGAAGGUGCUAAGACUGGGACAUUAUAGUUGUCGGUGUGCAGUUUGCAGAUAAUUCACAUGAAAUCAUGGACCUUUUAAGGAGAAACAAGAAGAAAAAGAGAUGCAGAGCCUCAGAUGGCUUCAGCAGAAGAUUUGAAGAUGUUUACAGACUCCAGGAUGAGGUUUUGGGAGAAGGAGCGUAUGCGGUCGUGCAGACGUGCGUCAGUCUGAGCACGAGAAAAGAGUACGCAGUGAAGAUCAUCAAGAAGAGGCCUGGACUGAGACGAGGACGUGUUUUUAGAGAGGUGGAGAUUCUCUAUCAGUGCCAAGGCCACAGAAACAUUCUGGAGCUGGUGGAGUUUUUUGAAGAAGACAACAGGUUCUACCUGGUGUUUGAGAAGCUCAGAGGAGGUUCAGUAUUAACUCACAUACACAGAAGGCAGCGGUUUAGUGAACAGGAAGUCAGCGCUGUGGUGCAGGACAUAGCCAGCGCUUUACACUUCCUGCACAGUAAAGGAAUGGCGCAUAGAGACCUGAAGCCAGAGAAUAUUCUCUGUGAGCGCACUGACAGGAUGUGUCCAGUGAAAAUCUGUGAUUUUGAUCUGGGCUGUGGGAUGAAGCUGAGCAAUGACAGUGACCUGAUCUCCACUCCACAGCUCCUCACUCCGUGUGGCUCAGCGGAGUACAUGGCCCCCGAGGUGGUGGAAGUGUUUAAUGAGGACCUGGGGGUUUACGAUAAACGCUGUGAUCUGUGGAGUCUCGGCGUCGUCCUUUAUAUCCUGCUGAGCGGAUCUCCUCCGUUCACUGGUCACUGCGGGACUGGGUGUGGCUGGGAUCAUGGGCAGCCAUGCUACGUCUGCCAGAGCAUGCUGUUUGAGAGAAUUCAGGAAGGAAAGUACGAGUUUCCUGAGAAGGACUGGGCUCACGUAUCUGCCGAGGCCAAAGACCUCGUCUCCAAGCUAUUAGUGCGCAAUGCUAAACAGCGGCUCAGCGCUGACCAGGUCCUGCAGCACCCUUGGGUCCAAGGGGAUGCCCAAAAAACACCUACUCUAAACUCAGGCGAGUCGAGUGUCCAGGACCUUACUUUUUUCACCACUCAGGUGUUAGCUGUGAAUCGACAGGUGAUCCAGCAGGAGGCAGAGGAAGAAUUUCAGAAGGACAGGACCUCGUUCGGCGUCUGUUCCUCUCUGCUCCGAUCUGCAUCUCCAAGCUCACUGUCUCGGUCUCGCCUCUACAGAUCACGUCUGGCUCAGCAGCGCAAGGAAAGCAGAAGUCACCUCCUCAGCCCUCUGCUCACGGUCAGAGGUGGCACCUAGCAUCUCUUCAUGACCAAGACAGUGUUGUACCUCAACUAUCUGCUGAAUUUUAAACAAGAUUAAAUGCUGUGGGAUUCUGUAGAAAAUGUAGCACUACAGAACAGAACCACAAACUGCCCCAGAAGCAUUAAGUUAUAAUAAUGUUUCCUGAUGAAAUGAAGAUUGAGUGAAGCACAGUGUUUAAUCUAAACAAAAUUUACGUUAAUCCCGGAACAAUAUCUGAUUGUCCCGCAGGCUGACAUUUAAUCAUUUUUUUAACAUUAUUUAAAUUUUUUUACAUCCUUAAUUUUUCAACCUUAGUUCUAAGAAAAGGAAAAAGAUGAUAUAAAAAUCAGUUCUACUGCAGUUUUCUUUUGUGCCAAGUCAGGGAUUUGAUCAGAAUUUAUUAUAUAUAUUUAUAUAAAUGUUCUAACCAUUUUUAUUAUUUUUAAUCAUUUUUAAAUUUUUUUAUUUAUUAACCUAUUUUGCACUUUUUUUUAUUUUUGACUUUUUUUCACCUCAUAGUGCCUGUAUGUUUGGUAUGGAUUUUUUUUGUUGUUGUUUUUUCCCCUCUUCCUCCUCCAGAUUACUUAAAGAAAAAACAACUUUCCAACAGUUGAAGAUGCAAAAAUAACACUGAUGUUGAUGUUUUACAUACCGGCAUCAUUUUUAUUCAGAAUUCUCACCGUCUAUGCAUCACGCUACGUUGUGUUCCUGCACUGGGGUAUUGGAAAACAUUUUAAAUAUUAUUCUUGGAGAGACUUUUUUUCCCUCUUGUUUUUUUUAUUUUUUUAUGCUCCAGUGUAAAUCUUGAUACAACAAUUUAUUGAAGAUACUAAUUUACUACUAAUUCAAGGGACUUAAUGAUUGUUGUAUUUGUUUGGGGGUAAAACAUCCAAAUAAAGGGCACAAACAAUUCAAAA